AUGGAGUCGACUGGAAUUCGAACUCGGCUCUCCAAUUCCUCGAUCCGAUCCGCUAUCCAUUACUCCACCACUACUCCACCAAAAGAAGAAGAAAAAAAACUCACCGGCGGUUGUUUUCUUGAGCAAUUUGCGUAUCUAUCUAUCUAUCUAUAUCUUUUGUUCCUAUCUAUCUAUCUAUCUAUCUAUCUAUCUAUCUAUCUAUCACAGUUUCUUGAUUCUCUCUCUCUCUCUCUCUCUCCCUCUCUAUCUAUCUAUCUAUCUAUCUAUCUAUUUCAACCUGUUCACAUCUAUCUAUCUAUCUAUCUAUCUAUCUAUCUAUCUAUGUUCAUAUCUGUCUAUCUAGUUUUAUAUCUAUCUAUAUAUUCUAGUCAGUUCGUAUCGAUCCCAGUCUAUUCAUAUCUAUCUAUCUAUCUAUCUAUCUAUCUAUCUAUCUAUCUAUCUAUCUAUCUAUCUAUCUAUCACAGUUUCUUGAUUUCUCUCUCUCUCUAUCUAUCUAUCUAUCUAUCUAUCUAUCUAUCUAUUAUCUAUCUAUCUAUCUAUUUCUAUGUUCUAUCUAUCUAUCUAUCUAUCUAUCUAUCUAUCUAUCUAUCUAUCUCUUCUAUUCAUAUAUCUAUCUAUCUAUCAUAUCUAUCUAUCUAUCUAUCUAUCUAUCUAUCUAUCUAUCUAUCACAGUCACUUGAUUAUCUCUCUCUCUCUCUCUCUAUCUAUCUAUCUAUCUAUCUAUUUCAACCUGUUCACAUCUAUCUAUCUAUCUAUCUAUCUAUCUAUCUAUCUAUCUAUCUAUCUAUCUAUGUUCAUAUCUGUCUAUCUAUCUAUUCAUAUCUAUCUAUCUAUCUAUCUAUCUAUCUAUCUAUCUAUCGCAGUCACUUGAUUAUCUCUCUCUCUCUCUCUCUCUCUCUCUCUCUAUCUAUCUAUCUAUUUCAACCUGUUCACAUCUAUCUAUCUAUCUAUCUAUGUUCAUAUCUGUCUAUCUAUCUAUUCAUAUCUAUCUAUCUAUCUAUCUAUCUAUCUAUCUAUCUAUCUAUCUAUCUAUCACAGUCUCUUGAUUCUCUCUCUCUCUCUCUCUCUCUCUCUCUCUCUAUCUAUCUAUCUAUCUAUUUCAACUUGUUCACAUCUAUCUAUCUAUCUAUGUACGAAGCCCACCACCGUAUCUAUCAUAGCCUUUCCAUAUCUAUCUAUCUAUCUAUCUAUCUAUCUAUCUAUCUAUCUAUCUAUCUAUCUAUCUGUUUCAGUUUUUCAUUAUCUAUCUGUUUCAGUUUUUUCAUGAUCUAUCUAUCUCUCUAUCAAGUCUGUUCCUUCAUAUCUAUCUAUCUAUCUAUCUAUCUAUCUCAGUCUGUUCCUUCCUUCCUAUCUAUCUAUCUAUCUAUCUAUCUAUCUAUCUAUCUAUCUAUCUAUCUAUCACAUCAUAUGACAUUUCGACUUAAUAACCUCCCUACACACAUGUAUGUAAUAAAAGUAAAUAGUAUCUAUCUAUCUAUCUAUCUAUGUUUCAGUUUUUUCAUUAUCUAUCUAUCUACGUAA